AUUAGAAAUACAUUCUGGAAGAUAAUUGUCUCCUAAAGGAAUAAAAAAAGUAGGGCGUAUCGUACAAUCUGUGUCAUCAACAACCCAUUCAUACACGAUACAACCAAUAAUAUCAUGUAAUGGUAAUUUGCUGUCACUUUUAUUUAUUGUUUUGAAAGAAGCUAACGGCGAAUUUGGACCGAGAGUACAAGAAACUUUAUUUAAACUAACAAAUGUUAUUGUAAAAGCAUCGAAAUCUGGUAAAAUGACAUCAGAUCAUUUUAAAAUGUGGUUAGAAGCUUAUUUUUCAAACAUUGGUUCUAAUAGCGUUCUUCUUAUCGAUUCAUGGACCGGACAUUGUCCCAAUAUCAUUUCGGAUUUAACACCUCUAGAUAAACAUAUUACUACUAUGAUUAUACCGAAAGGUACUACAGGAAAAAUACAACCAUUAGAUGUUUACGGAUUUAGAAUUUGGAAAAAUUUUGCUAAAAGAUUUUCAGAUAUAGUUUUAUUAUUGGAAUGUGAUAUAAAUUUGCAUGAACGAAAUAAUAUAAUAAAAUUGCAAUCUUUGAUACAUAAUCAAUUGUCAUCCCCGCGAUAUCGUAACUUAUUUAAAUAUUCGUGGUUUAAAAGUGGUUAUACGAACGAAAGACUACAGGAAUUUAAAAAUCCAGUAGAAUUUAGUUUGGAUGAUACUUCAACAACAUGUGAUAUCGAAGGUUGCAAUAAUAUAGCUAUAGUAAAAUGUUCAUGGUGCAAAAAAUCAUUAUGUUUAAAACAUUUCUUCGUUGAGUAUCAUUAUUGCAAUGAGUAUAAUGAGUAAAUGAUACAAUACAAAAUGUAUAAAUUUAUUGUAUAAAUAUUUAAAAACUAUUUUAUUAAUACAUAUUUAGAAAUGAUUGUGAUGAUGUAAAUCACAAUCUUAUUAUGUAAAUAAACAAAAUAUAAAAGCAUAAGACCAAAAA